AAUGUGUGGUGAAAAUUUACAUACGUAAAAAGGAUUUUAUUCCUCUAAAUGCACUGGAUAUUUAAAAGAAGAUAUUACUUUUUGAUAAUUGGGAAAAAAAUUCUUUGUUUAUAAGGCAAACAAUUAGGUAACUGAUUUUCGACAAUGACUGUUCAAAAAUUGACAAAGCGUGAAAGAGGGUAUUAAACAUAAGGUAUAUAAAAUCACAACCAAUAUAUUUUCUACAAUAGACCAUUAUUAGACAGUUUGCUGGUUAUGUUCAACAUAGAUUUACUGAAAGAAUUAUGAAGAAAGAGGCGGCUAGUUUGUGUUUGUUUCUGUUGUUGAUUGAGGGGAUAUCGUUUACAUCUGUUCAUGGGUAUCUAUACUCAGAUGCCGAAUCACUUCUCCAGGAUGUCUUUAAAAACUAUUCAACCGAAAUUCGUCCAAAGCAGAAUCUCUCAGAAGUAAUAGAUGUCUCUAUUGUGUCGUUCUUAUUUUCAGUGAACGAUUUUGAUGAGGUUUCCGGAGUUUUUUCCAUUGUUAGUGGAUUUAUGCUACUUUGGCAUGAUUUCCGAUUGACUUGGACACCUAGCAACUAUGGUGGAAUUCAGGAUCUUGUUGUUCCUAAAAAGAAACUAUGGGUUCCAGAUAUCUUUUUGAUUGAUCCUGCCAACAAGAUGGAAGCUAUCGGAGACGAAGACUUCAUAGGAAGAAUUUCUUCCUCUGGCAUAGUGACAUGGACACCUGGGGGACUGAUUCAGACUUUGUGCAAUGUUGACAUGUAUAAGUUUCCUUUCGACACACAAACGUGCUCCUUUACAUUAGCUCUGUGGGGAUAUUCGCCAUGGGAAGCAAGAUUAAUCCCAUUUAACGGUACGACGACUGUGGAUACAACUUAUUACUCCUCAAAUGCUCAAUGGUCGUUAGAAGGAACACUUAUGAAGCGGUCUACACAAGGCGAUUACGAUAGCUUACUUGAAUUUCAAUUCAUUUUGAAGCGGAAAUCUCUUUAUUUCGUCAUAAACAUGUUAGCCCCUAUUCUUUUAUUAUCCUUACUCAAUCCUCUAGUUUUUGCAUUACCAGUUGAAAGUGGAGAACGUGUGUCUUAUGCUAUAACCAUCUUCUUGUCAUUUGCCGUGUUUAUGACAUUGCUAAGUGACAAUAUUCCCAAAUCUUCCGAGCCAAUGUCUUUGAUGUCUUACUUCUUAAUCUUUACGAUGGCUAUGAGCACAUUGAUAUGCGUUUUGGCUGUCGUUACAAUGCGUUUUCAUUUCAAAGAAUGUGAAUUACCUAAUUCAAGCAAACAUAUUAGUCUGUUUAAUGUUUUAAGUCUUCGAUGCCUGUGGAGCAUCUGUAGAAAAAGUAAAAAGAAGGCUAAGGUCGUUGACAAUUCCGCGAAAUUGGAUGUAGUUUUUGUAAAAAGUAAAGUUGCCGAUGAUAAAGAUUCGCAAGAUAAUGAAGCAGAAGACAAAAUGACUUGGAAGACUUUAGCGGAGGGAUAUGACAGAAUAAUGACUUAUUACUUUUACAUUUUUGUUUUCUUUCAGUGGUUAAUCCUUAUAAUAGCUUUACUGUAAAUCACUAUUUCAAUAUUUUUUGAUAAAGCGUGAAUAUCA